AAAGUAAUGUUUUUUAAUAGGUACACAAUUAGUACAACGAUGUGUAAUUAUACAGAGAGAUGAAAAAGGCUAUGGUUUAACAGUUUCUGGUGAUAACCCUGUUUUUGUUCGUUCUGUUAGGCAAGAUGGUGCUGCAGCAAAAGCUGGUGUACAAAGAGGAGAUCGUAUUAUAAAGGUUAAUGGAACAUUGGUUACGCAGUCCAAUCAUCAAGAAGUAGUUAAACUUAUCAAAUCUGUUCCUUAUGUGGCAUUAAUAUUGCUGGGAAAACCCAGUCCUGGAAGUAGAUUAGCUCCAACUCCUCCUCCACUUAGUCUCACUAGUAACAUACAUAACUAUCAUGGUCAUAGUAGAUCUCCUUCUGAAAGAAUUACAGGUCCUCAACCUGUUAAUCCUGAAAUACAACAAGAAGUUGAAAACGAAAGAAUAGGAACAAUUAGGAAAAUGUUGGAACAAGAACUUAUUUUUGUUGAAAAUUUAAAAAGUGAAUUAGCUAAAACUCCAUCAGAUAAACUUCAAGCUGAAAUGAAUGGUGCAGCCAAAAGAGUGAAAACUUUGGAGGAUCAAUUAUUUAAUUUAACCAGAGUUCAUCAAAGUAUUUCCCCCUCAUCAUGUUCACCUCGUUCUCCUCCCGUCCGACGUUACACUCACUCUGAGAAAGAAAAUUCAAGAUAUUCACCAAUUACUCAGCAUACAAGAUCACUUUCUCAUCAGAUCUCAGCUCCAACACUACCAAAAGCAGAAUGGAAUAUCAUAUCUUGUUCUAUGCCAGAUGAUUCUGUUUCAACAUCAGAAAUUCAGUCAAAAAAAGGAAAUGGACAUGUCUUAAAUCAAGCCCAGAAAUCAUUGCCAUUAUCAUGUUCCUUGGAAAAUAUAUCUAAACAGGCAUCUUCUAAAGGCUCUUCUUGGCCAUUACAAGGUUCAAAUCAUUCCCGGCAAAGUUCCAAUCCAGAUACAUUAAUUCAUCAUAUAGAAGACUUUAUUCCAUCUAACAGAACACCAUUAUCAUCACCUGAAUUUCAGAAUUAUAAUAUUAAUAAUCAACAUUUAUCAUCUCGAAAAUGUACUGCAUCUGAAUCUUUCAAUGAGUUUGAAGUUGGAAGAAGAUGGAAAUCAACACGUUUGUCAAAAGGAUCAGUCAGUCAUGCUGAUUAUACACCUCCUGGAACUCCUCCUCCAGAUGCAUCUUCAGAAAACGUAGAAUAUAAGGAUGGUUGUAAUGGAGAAGACAACACAUGUUUUGAAGAAGAAAAUUUUAUUGAAUCAUCUAUUGGUUCAGAAGAAAUGGCUGAAGGAUCAGAAUUUAAUGUUUCCGAUAAUAAACCACUUCUUCCAGAUCAGAAGUUGUCAACACCAUUAUCAUCUCCUAGUCAAGCACAUAUAUCUCCAGACAUGCAAUCAGGGAAUAACACUCAUGGAUCAAGUGUACGUUGGAGUGGUCAGCAACCUUACAUAAUUGGCAUGGAAGAUGAUGAUUUCCCUUCUGAUACUGAAAUGGGACAGGUUGAAGAUCAUGGUCCUUUUAAAAGCAUGUGGAGUUUGAUGCAAAAUCCAGCUCAUUUGGCAGUUUUUAUUCAUUAUUUAAUGUCAAAUAAUGAUCCUUCUGGUUUGUUUUUCUAUGUAAUAUCAGAUAUAUAUGAACAAGGAACAUUAAAAGAAAUGAAAAAAUGGGCUUAUGAAAUUCAUUCAAGUUUUUUGUUACCAGGAGCACCUUUGAGAAUAAAAAAUAUAGACGAAGCUAUAUUAAAUGAGAUAGAUGAUGUUUUGCAACAUCAACUAGAGAAAGAAGAAGUGAUUCGUGCAGUUUUUAGAAAAGCCAGAACAAAUGCAAAGAAAGAACUUAAAGAUCUUUUGGCUGAUUUCAGAAACAAACGAGCACUUGGUUUAGGAAAUAUAUAUGGUCCUCCAGACUGCCAAUUAGAACUAGCUUUGCAUGACAAAAGUAAAGAAUUGAAAAUCAUUGAGCAACUAUUAUUACCAACAGUUGAAAGCAUUCCAGAAGAUCUUGAAAGUGCAAGUGAUAAAACUUUAGCAACAGCUUCUGCUGUAGCUACUAUUUUAAAGCAAUAUGGGAGCAAAAGUACUCAUGUUUUGAAUGUAACUGAUAGGUGCCCAACUUUUGUUUCUAAAGAAAAAGGUAGACUUCGUAUUUUGCAAAGAAACAAAAAGGUUGUGUUUGUACAAGGGCAUCAGUUCCUUCCUCAGCAUUAUCAUUGUGUAACAUACUGUAAUCAUUGUCAAUUAAUUAUCUGGGGAAUUGGAAAUCAGGGAUAUCAAUGUCAAAAUUGUGAGAUGAAUAUUCAUAAAUAUUGUGUGAAGAUUGUUGAAGAGCAUUGUAUUGGUACAUUGAGAAAUAAAAAGGAUAAGAAAAAUUAUAGUGUAACUGGAAUUGUAGAAAAUAUAAUAGGAAAGACUCGAAAACCAAGUCAACCAUAUCCAGGAGCUAUUGAAAGAGCAAAAAAAAUAAAUGAAGAAGGAUUAAAUGCUGAUAAUACUACUACAAAUACUGUUUCAGUUGUUGAUGUAGUCACUGAACCAAGUGAGAAGGCUACAAAUACUGGACGAUCAGAAAGGGGGAGUGAAGACUUAUCACCCCCACCAGCACCUAUAAGCAAUCUGGAGGUCGACAUCUUGGCCAAGAAGGCGACGUCCAUUGGCCGGUCUGAGAGUUUCAGACAACGGAGAGAAAACAAACCACCAUUUAGAAAAAGAAGUGAUCCUAAUAUUCCAAGAUCAAAAAGUUCCAGAAGUCUAGAUAGCCCAUGUAAUUCUAUAGAAAUGGUUCAUAGAACACCAACAAGUACACCAGCAGAUGCCCUCCCAGGGUCAGGUCCAACAUCAGGGAUUAUUCAACCACAUAUUCCUACAACUAUCUCACUUGAUCAGUAUAAUGAUUCUGAUUUGGAAGCUGAUGUAGAUCCUCCAAAUUGGCAAGAUAAUAUUGACUGGGAUGUAAUACGUUUAAUGAAACCUAAAGAAAAAAAACGACAAGAUGUUAUAAAUGAACUUUUUCACACUGAAAGAACCCAUGUAAGAAAUUUGAAAAUUCUUGAUCGACUCUUUUACCGUCCACUGCAGCAAGAACAGUUACUUCCUCCUGACUUACUACAACUCUUAUUUCCUAAUUUGGAAGAAAUGCUAGAAAUUCAUAGUGGAUUUAAUAAUAAAAUGAAAGCCAAAAGACGAGAAGAACCAAUUAUUGGUGAUGUGGGAGAAAUGAUGCUAAAUAUGCUUGAUGGUGAAUCAGGAGAAAAUUUAAUGACUGCUGCUGCCAAAUUUUGUCGGAACCAAUCUGUUGCAUUAGAAAACUUAAAAAGCAGGCAGAAGAAGGACCAAAAAUUAAGCCAGUUCCUAGCUGUGAGUAUAUAA